CAACCAUCAACAAUACAGUGUCAUUGUGAUUGGCCAUGUUAACACCGUGGCUAGCCAAUCGCCUAGAUAAGUCAUAGCACACAGUGUUAACGUGUAGAGGGAGGCAUUUAUGUACAGACUUACAACUUCCUUGAUAAGCCAUCCAAGUUAUGGAAUAAUUAAUGUAAAUGUGGGAAACGUAAAGUUGGCUAUUGUGAAACGUCAAGUCUUGUUAUAAAGCGUGGCAUAAAAAGGUGUUUUGAAAGAACUACUUUCCAGAAGCGGUUAUACCGCAUAUGAGAAGUGGACUAGCACAACCAAACCAACACAGCAGUAAUAUUCACUACACUCAUAUUUACUGAGAUUUGUGAGAAACCUUCCUUCUUGUUAUUGCACCGAUAACCGGUUAACCGUACAUUGUGAUAUAACCGCUUAACACUGUUUAAUUUAGAAAGACCGGUUAUUCAGUUAACCUGUUAUUUUUCUCCAUCCCUAACGAUGUCACGAUGACAUAGACAUACGUCAGACGUCGCUUGUUUUACCGCCAGCCACUUGACUCGUCUCUCUUUCCAGCAGGCCGUUUUUCUCAACAUUCCAAAGUAGUUGUUUUAUAUUUUCAAGUAAAACAUCUCUUGUAAUUGUCUUUAUAUCCAGUGUGCCAGUUUCAGAGGAGAUGGCGGACGUCGUCGUUAACACCGAAACGCAGAACUCGAGCGAGCUGCUCGGCCAGGGCAUCCGAGCGUACGUCCUCCAGGACUACAACGCUGCGGUGACGGCGCUCAGCAAAGCUAGCGAAUUGAUGACCGCCGAAUUGGGCACGGAUCUGCACGACUCGCUGGGCGAAGUCUACCUCUACUACGGAAAAGCGCUGCUUGGACUGUCCAGGGAGGAAAAUGAAGCGCUAGGUGAUGCUGUUCCGAAAGGUCAAGAAGAAUCAGAUGAUGAUGAAGAAGAAGAGGCUGAAGAAACUGAUGAAAAACAGAAGGAGCAGAAUGGAGAGACAGAGAAGAGUGAGAAAGACAAAGUGAAAGAUCAAGAAUCGAAGGAGGAUAAGACUGAAGAGAAAGCGGCACCCAGUGGCGGCACAGCUACGGAAGGUGCCUCAACAUCGAAUGGAGCUCCUGCAACAACCGAAGACGCCGAAAACGAGGAUGACGAACCGACCGAUCUGCAGGUAGCUUGGGAGGUGCUCGAGCUAGCCAAGAAAGUCUUCGAAAAGCAAGGCGACGCGGGCAGAAAGAACCUCGCCGACACUCUGAUCGUACUAGGCGAAAUCGCGUUGGAAAGCGAGAAUUUCCCGUCGGCCAUCAACGACAUAAAAGCGGGACUAGCGAUACAAAAAACUCUCUUCAGCAAAGAAAGCAGAGUCAUAGCCGAGUCUUUGUUCAAACUGGGAGUCGCGUACUCGACCAACUCUGAGAUGGACGAGGCAAUCGCCAGCUUUGCCGACUCGCUGAAGUAUCUCAGGACCAGAGUGGAACAUUUGGAAAAGAUGGAGGACAAAAAGGACGAGGUGGACGAUGAAAUCAAAGAAAUCAGGAAUCUGAUACCGGAGGUGGAAGAAAAAAUCGCUGAUAUCAAGAGCUACAAGGAAGAGGCCGUGAAAAAGAUUCUAGCAACAGUAACCGAACAGAAAAAAUCGAGUGAAGGCUCUUCUUCUGAAGCUGGCACUUCAAAGCAACCUGCCAAUGACAUAUCGCAUCUUGUUAAAAAGAAAAGAAAAUUAGACGAAGUCAAUGAGAAAGAGGAAACUGAAACCAGUGCUGCCAAGAAACCCGCUGUCUGAUCAUUAUCAAUAUUUUGAUGUAUUAUUUAUUGAACGAGCUUUAUAGUUUACCUGUACAUUUUUUUUUAGUCUCUAUGCUCCGAUUUUAGUUUUUACUUAAAUAAAUUACUGGUAUUCUUUCGUA